UUAAUUACAAAACUCAUUUAAAACAAAACCCCCACUCUCACCUCUCUCUCUCUUUCACAUCUCUUCCCCCUUCUCCCUCUGCAAAAACCCUAACUUUUCCUCCGAUUUCGCCUUCUUCAAUCUCCAUCCCAGCCAUUCGCUUACCCUAGCACAAACCCAGUCUGGGAUUGGAAGAAUCAUGGAAACGAAACCCUAAAAAUCGAAGCUUUGAUCGAUCGGUGUGUUUCCAAUUUUGAGAGAGAAAAAAAAAAUGUACAAGAACCAGCUACAGGAGCUAGCGCAGAGGAGCUGCUUCAAUCUCCCAUCGUAUACUAGCUUAAGAGAAGGUCCAGACCACGCGCCGCGAUUCAAGUCGACCGUUAACUUCAACGGCGAGAUCUUCGAGAGUCCUCACUACUGUUCCACUCUCCGUCAAGCUGAGCACUCUGCUGCUGAAGUCGCUCUCACUGCCCUCUCUAAUCGUGGCCCUUCUCACUCUCUCGCCGCCAGGAUCUUGGAUGAGACGGGUGUGUACAAGAAUCUGUUGCAAGAGAUAGCUCAAAGAGUGGGAGCUCCUCUACCGCGUUACACAACCUUCAGGUCUGGUCUUGGCCACCAGCCUGUGUUUACCGGUACUGUGGAGUUAGCCGGUAUCACAUUCACAGGAGAUCAGGCUAAGAACAAGAAGCAAGCUGAGAAGAAUGCUGCUAUGUCUGCUUGGUCUUCCCUCAAACAAUUGGCGAAAGAAACGUCAAGCACAAUGCCUGAGCCUGAGAACAUUGACGAGCUAGAGCAGGUGAUUAUAGCAAGAGCCUUGACAAACUAUCGCAUUAAGGAAAAUAUCGGCAGUGGAAGUUCCUCGAGUGCCCCUGUUCCAUUUGCAAAGAGAUUUUCCAUGCAGAGCCCUAGACCGACAAGUCCACAGCCUUGUCGUGCGGCCACGUCGAGAAUCUUGCCUUUCAUUUGCCCGCAACCUUCUUCUUCUUCUAGAAGCAGAGCAGCUUCCGUGGAAAGAGCCAUGGCAUCCGCUUUGGAAAACCGCAGCUACCGACCUCAGCAGAGAUUUGCAACUCCAGGAACAGCAGCGGCAGCAUGUGCUCCUCCUUAUGUUCCUUUGAGGCACUUAAUAUCGCCGUGCCACCGUGGCAUGGCUCCACCUGUCACGAUUAGAACCUCUGUACCGGUCUUCUCUGCACCUCCAAUGCCUUCUGCAAACACUCAUCAGCAGGUACAUCCUGUGUAUGUCCCAUCCAUGAUGCGUGCUGCUGCGCCCGUGAGAAUCGCGCCACCUGUCACAAUCAGAACUGUGGCACCUGUUUUUGCUUCGGUUAGAAAGGAGGAAGAGCCUUUACCUGUUAGAAAAGUGAAUAUCCAAAACCCUGCCAAGUCCACCAUGAUUAAAGUAGAUGAAACCCGGGUCCAAGAAAAAGAGGGAAGAACAACAAGUCUCGUCUUGCCUGAAGAGGGAAGUACUAAACCAAUUUCAGAGAGUGCAGAGGAAACCGAGAGAGCAGCAGAAGCAGUGAAGGAACCGGAAAGAGCAAGAGAGCGAGUGGAGAAUCUCAAAAUCUGCUAGAGUGUGUAUCUGCAAAGAUUGUAACUUUAGUAAUGACAAGGAUUUGUAUUUAUAUAUUGUUGGGAGUUUUGUGGCUUUGUCUAUCUUUGGAUUCUAGAUUUGUAAUCUGUCUCUCUCUUCCUUUAUUAAGUGUGUUUGUGUUC